AUGUUCCGCUCCCUCGCCUUGGUCCUCGUCUUCGUCGCCGUCGCCAUCCGCGCCCAGACCCUGGGUGCCUGCCAAACCUUCUGCAACGCCCAAGGACCUAGCGCCACCUACUGCAUGGCUGACACUCCGUGAGGAGUCCGACGUCUUCUGAAACCUUCAGAAGUUCAGAUUCAACUCGGUCGGCAACAAGUCGUGCUUCAACCUCUGCGUCAACAACUGCAUGGUCGACGUCUCCAAGUGCCUCGACAGCAACUAUGCGUAGGUCCUGCUCUCAGAUCAAGCUCAAAAAGUUAGACUCCAGAUGCGCCAUCAAGAAGACGCCCAUCGGAGGCAACAACGACCUGAAGAAGAGCGGCUGCGACAAACUCUUCUACCCCGCCUGGUACUUCACUACUCCAGCCCCCGGAAAGUAAAAAGUUCUGUCGGAUGUGCUGAACAAACGACGAAGAAGCAUUCUUUUUUUCUGAUUUCGCAUUGUCAAAAAAAGAAGAUCGCUUGCCUCAUAUACCAAAGAUGAGAGUCAGCGUAAGCCGCCGCAAGUCGGUCGCACCAAAACAGGGGAUCUCCGCCUCUCGACCCUUCAGACAGCUUUGCGCUGGGGCGAUAACGUGACCAAUGAGGCUCUGCCGAGGUGCGUUUAUUGCUGGUUGAAAACUUUUCCCAAUUGCCCGCGAUGGACUCUGAAACACGAGUUCCAUAAGCAAUUUUUGAACGGCCCGAGGGGCCAGAAUGGAUGAAACUAAGAAAAUGGAUAUGAACUAAAUAAAGUUCCAUGGUUUUUUGUUUUUCAAACCUGAGUUAGAAAGAAGUAAAGUAAUUUUCAUAAUUUCAUGAGGUUAACUCGGAAAUUUUCAUUCAUUGGUGACUUUCCGCAGUGUUUCGUAGGUUGCUUCAGCUUUGAAAUGCAUAAAAAGAUGAAUUGAAAUUUGGAUUAUUCAAACUGCAAUUCGAAAGUAGUGGGCUCAGAGGUUUGAAUUUCACUCUGAAGACCAUUAUCCUACUGAAAAUUUCAAAAAGUUUCCGAAACAUUGUCUUUUUACGAUUUCCAUUUUUCGAAAAAUAUUUUUCGUUGAAUAGCGGGGAAAAUGAAUUCAAAGAAGUUCAGGAUUUCUCUCAAAUUAUUUCAUUAACCACAAUCUGAGUUUUUCUAUCAACAGGGUCAUUCUAAAUGCGACCAGGACCUUCUGAUACAAAAUUUCCGGAAAAGCCAGCUUUAUACGUUUCCAGUUUGUUUUUUUCUAUAGAACUUGAUGUUUUUUGGUAGUUUUUGGCACUAUUUCGAAGUAAGCAUUCUGAAAUUUUGAAAGCCUGUAUUGUAUUCUCAUUCAACAGGAAACAUGUUUUUCAGUAACAACAAUAGAAUUCCAUAUAAACAGGGAUAUGAUAAACAAACUGAAAAUCCUAUAAAAGUCUUCUCUCAGUUGGAAAACUCAACCCAUCAUUCUCUCUUCACCAUGAACUUUCUGGUUAGUUUUUCUUUGUAUUUUAAUAAUUUUCAAAAGAGUUUUAGAAAAAUCUCCUCGCUCUCCUGGUUCUGAUCGCCGUCGUCUCCGCUGGCAACCCGAUUUUCGGUGAUGACGACAAAAAAGCGGCUGAAGCUUUGAAGGAUCUCAUCAGACGUCGAGGUCCAAUCCAUUGA